AUUUUUGAUAAAAACCAAGUGAAAGACCUUAUUCGAAAUGUGUAUGUUUGGGAGAUGAAUUUUAGAUGGGGUGUAUUCGAAGUGGAGACAUUCAAGAACUAUUCUGCUGAAGUACAAGCGUAUGCGGCUGGUGUUGCUGAGGGAAUCCUAUCGAGAGAGUUGAUUUAUUACCAUUUCCGUAAUACAAUAGAGGAUAUGUGCAAAGGAUAUCGAGCUUACUGUAAAAAGCUCUACCAAUAUGUCUCAGAGAAUUUGAACUGGAUUAAAAAAACCGUUGCGCAAAAGCCGAAAAGUGAUCUCUAUUGGAGACAGGUGAAUCUUUCGUUCGCACAAGUCACAGGAAUAUGGCAAGGCUACUCAAAAAGACCUCCAAUAUGGUACAAACCACAGAUAAAUUUCGAUAUCACACCUAUUCUCAUGAUUCAACUGUAUGGAGAUUUGUUCGAUUUGUCGAAUGUGUUCGACAAGAAACCCGAUCCUGGCGAUGUGGAAGAUUCAGGGCAUUGCUCUGGAUUUGUGAAGAUCUCAGAGGGCAACAAGGAUAUGUUCUUCUCUCAUGUGGCUAUGUCGGGCUACCAUACAAUGAAUCGUGUACUGAAACUGUACAAAUUCGGCUAUGAUGAAGAGGAAGUACCAGGACAUACCAUUUCAUUCUCGGGUUAUCCGGCUGCAAUUACAUCGGCUGAUGACUUCACUUUGACAAGUGGUGGACUGGCAACAUUAGAGACAACGUUCGCCAUCUACAACAAAACGCUCUAUAAAGAUUUCGUUAAACCAGUUGGACAACUCCAUUGUUGGGUUCGUACAUCAAUCGCGAAUACCUUGGCCAAAGAUGCAAGAACAUGGACAAAAUUAUUCGGACGUUACAAUUCUGGCACAUACAAUAAUCAGUGGUUAGCACUUGACUACAAAAAGUUCCAGCCAGGUGAAGACUUGCCAUCGAAUGAUUUGUUAUGGGUUCUUGAACAAGUUCCGUAA